GGCUGGCAACAUUGCCUUCGACUACGACUAGUCUAGAAAUGAAAUUCCCGGCAGGGCGUCAGCCGCCAUCACACUGUUAGUAAUUUUUUGAGCUAUUGGUAGUAUUCCUGAUUGUGGUAUUUUGGCGGCAGAAAAUACAAAAAAUGGAAUCUGAAGAUCAAACACAAGUAAUUGAAGACGACGGUACUGAAACACAAUUCAAAGUAAUUCCAGUGCAGUUUGUGGAAACUUACGAAAACCUAGCGCUUGCUACGUCCUCCAAUGCAACUGUGAACACAACUACUUAUCUUUCUAGAGGAAAAUACUACAAACAGACAUACAGACCCGCAUGGGAAUCUAUGCCGGAUUUCAAAGGAUGGCUUAGAGGAGUCGAGGGGCAACCAACAAGAGCAUAUUGUACUUACUGUCACAAGACCCUGCAUGCUCAUAGGCUCAGUUUAUUGAAACACACCUGUACAAUACGCCAUCAAAGAGCUGCACAACUCCAUGCAAAUAAAAAGAAUAAAAUGUUGGGUACCAGUGGAGAUAAUCAAAAAGAUGGUGAGGCUGACAUAGAAGUGAUGGUGGGGGAAAAAGAUGUUGCUGAAUCAGGUGUGGAAUAUGUUGAGGCAGAAGAGGUAAAUGAAACUGAUUCAGAACAUGAUAAUGUGACAGAGGAAGAUGAGGAUGAUGGAGAGGAUCAACAACGCUACAAACAAACUGCCGGCACCACUCCUGUCAACAAAGAUGUUAAGGAUAAAGAGCCAAUCUCGACAACAGUUAAUGAUUCUACUAGAGGCAAACCUGUCACUGGACUUCAGGUCAGUCUAUAUAAAUUGAUAGAUGGAAGGUGGACUUACAUCAAUGAAGGAGUUACUAAUCAGCUAGGAAAAUUUGGUAACUUUUUAGAGAGAUGUGACUUCUCGCCUGGACGUUAUAAGCUGCAUUAUGAUGUUGAUAGGUACUUUGAAUCAAGAAAACAAAGUACCUUAUACCCAUUCAUAGAGAUCGUGUUUGACAGUGCCAACUAUUUGGAUUCUUACCAUAUCCCUUUACUUUUGGGACCAUAUGGCUACACAACAUAUAAAGGAUAAAGAUUAAGAGUCUAAGUUAGGAUAUGGGUAGUUAUAAAAUGAUAUAUGUAUUGUAAAUAAAUAAUUGCUUUCAACUUCUGUGCUAAACUGUAAUAAAAAAAGUUGUUAUGACUAAGUUUUUGUUGAUAUCUGAACAGUAGGGCAACAUAUAGUCAUGGACAAAAGAUUUUUAUUCCAAUCA